GUCGUUUCUUACAAUGCAGAGGACCAUAUGCAAAAAGAAGGCAUCCACUGGUGGAUUCAACAUUAGUAUCAGAAAUGAGAAGAUGCAUUGAUGCUGGGGUUGAAUUUCAAGGAGAAUUGUUAAAUUUCAGGAAGGAUGGAUCCCCAUUGAUGAAUAGGUUACGCUUGACACCUAUAUAUGGGGAUGAGGAGAUGAUAACUCAUAUAAUAGGAAUUCAGUUCUUCACAGAAGCAAAUCUUGAUCUGGGUCCACUUCCGGGAUCUUCAGCAAAGGAGUCUGCAAGAUCAUCUGAUCGGUUUCGCUCCAGUCUUUCUUUCUGCGGAGUAGCUCCAGAUGGAAGCCGGAAUAGCAGUCGUGGGUUUGGUGGGAUACUUCAGUUGAGCGAUGAAGUCAUGUCUCUCAAGAUUCUUUCACGAUUAACCCCGAGAGAUAUUGCAUCAAUUGGUUCUGUCUGCAGGCGAUUCUAUGAGAUGACAAAAAAUGAAGAUCUUUGGAGAAUGGUCUGCCAAAAUGCAUGGGGUAGUGAAACAACUCGGGUAUUAGAGACGGUGCCUGGGGCUAAGAGACUGGGAUGGGGUAGAUUGGCAAGAGAACUGACCACUCUUGAAGCAGCGGCAUGGAGGAAGCUAACCGUUGGAGGUGCUGUUGAACCCUCUCGUUGCAACUUCAGCGCAUGUGCAGUUGGGAAUCGGGUGGUUCUGUUUGGAGGGGAGGGGGUCAACAUGCAACCAAUGAAUGAUACCUUCGUAUUGGACUUGAACUCCAGCAACCCAGAGUGGCAACAUGUCAAAGUGAGCUCUCCACCUCCGGGGCGUUGGGGUCACACACUUUCUUGUGUCAAUGGAUCUCAUUUGGUUCUAUUUGGAGGCUGUGGCAGGCAGGGGUUACUCAAUGAUGUAUUUGUGUUGGAUUUAGAUGCCAAACAUCCAGCUUGGCGUGAAAUCUCCAGCUUGGCCCCUCCACUUCCAAGAUCAUGGCACAGCUCCUGUACCCUAGAUGGGUCCAAGUUGAUUGUUUCUGGUGGUUGUGCAGAUUCUGGAGUACUACUUAGUGAUACUUUCCUCCUUGAUCUCUCUAUGGAGACGCCCAUAUGGCGUGAGAUACCCGUAGCAUGGACCCCGCCUUCUCGUUUGGGUCACACAUUAUCUGUUUAUGGCGGCAGGAAAAUUCUGAUGUUUGGAGGACUUGCCAAGAGUGGGCCCCUGCGGUUCCGUUCGAGCGAUGUGUUCACCAUGGAUUUGAGCGAGGAGGAACCAUGCUGGAGAUGUGUAACUGGGAGUGGAAUGCCUGGAGCUGGAAAUCCAGGUGGGAUAGCUCCCCCUCCAAGACUUGAUCAUGUGGCAGUUAGCCUCCCUGGUGGUAGAAUCCUUGUUUUUGGUGGGUCUGUGGCUGGUCUUCACUCAGCUUCACAGCUUUAUAUACUGGACCCCACUGAGGAGAAGCCUACGUGGAGAUUAUUAAAUGUCCCUGGACGGCCUCCAAGAUUUGCUUGGGGACACAGUACAUGCGUUGUUGGAGGGACCAGGGCCAUUGUUCUUGGAGGUCAAACAGGGGAAGAGUGGAUGCUAAGUGAGCUUCACGAGCUAUCUUUAGCAAGUUCUAUAAUCUGAUUGGAGAAAGGCCAGCUGUUGUGAAGAAAUCACGUCGGGUCUUUUGCCUCAGGAAUUGAAGUUUGAUACGAGUAUAACCCAUUAUAUGAGAUUGAUGGUGAAUUUGCUAAAAAUGCUUGAUGGAUAUUGCAGAGGUCAGUGAUGGUCUACUGAUUGCUGUCUUUUGUUAGUUUUCUCGUGCAAGGUAGUUCGGGCAGGCAAUGAACAUGUCAACGGCUGGCUUAUUCCGACUUUCUUUUGUGAGGUUUGUAUGGGACUGUUCUUUGAACUGCACUUUGGAUCAUUCUGCCUUUCUAGGCUAAUACUUGGUAGAUUGGUAGGUACUAUCAAUGUAGGUGGUGGUGGUUCGGGUUCUGUAAUUUUACCUUGAGAAAGGAAGAAAAAAUAUAGAAUUAAACAAACACAAUAUCUGAAGGGUGCAUGAAUAUAUAGCAAGUGACGGACCGCUUGUGUUUUUGUCUUUGUCUGUAGACAACGCUAUCUGUAGCUCGCGUUUGUUCAUUAGAAUGUCUCAUCUGGGUUUAGACUUCUGAAACUGAUGGCGAGGUCAGACGAGAAUCAGAUGAAGCCGUCCAGGCCGCCUCUGCUGUUCAUGGUGAUGCCCAAAUUUGUUGCUGGCGUCACGUUUUUCUGGCUGAGGUAUGCUUGCUUGAUCUCAGAACACUGCCAUUUUUGAUGAAUAAAUGAGGAGGAUACGACUUCUUCGUUUACUCGUCUGGAUGAUGGAUUUUUCAGCGUUAGGCUGCUGUCUGUCUGUCUGUCUGUCUUCUUUACUGUAUGGUGGUAUACAUAUUUGUGAUAAUUUCUGGCAGUGGUUGGAACUCCUUUCAUUUUAAACUGUAAUAUUUGAGUGUUGUAACCAAUGCCUACUAAUUUCAAUGUUUAUACAGCGUUUGAACAAACUACGAAGCUAAGAGGCAAAAAUGGCAUAAAUGUGAUGUUGUACAGUUGUGAUUGUUUAUUUGUAUUAAGUAAAUUAUGUUGAAG